GCAGAAAAUGAAUUUCCGCUGCGGCAGCAGGGUCGCCGAAAUAAAAGGACCCUUAACCUCACAUCUCAUCAUCGGAGGAAUUUUCUUUCUCUAUAUUUUAUCACCCAUUUCCUUCUCCGUCGAUCUCGAUCGUUAUCCUCGCAAGAUGGCCAACGCCGCAUCAGGAAUGGCUGUGCACGAUGACUGCAAAUUGAAGUUUUUGGAGCUCAAGGCAAAAAGAACCUACCGCUUCAUUGUUUACAAAAUUGAGGAGAAGCAGAAGCAAGUUAUUGUGGAGAAGCUUGGUGAGCCAACUGAGAACUAUGAGGAUUUUACUAACAGUCUUCCUGCUGAUGAAUGUCGAUAUGCCGUGUAUGAUUUUGAAUUUCUAACCCCAGAGGGUGUCCCAAAGAGCAGGAUAUUUUUCAUUGCAUGGUCUCCUGAUACAUCAAGGGUGAGGAACAAGAUGAUAUACGCAAGCUCCAAGGACAGAUUCAAGAGAGAAUUGGAUGGAAUUCAAGUGGAACUGCAAGCAACAGACCCGACUGAGAUGGGUCUUGAUGUAAUCAAAAGCCGCGCUAGCUGAAUAUCGAUCUUUCAGGCUGUGCAAUGGGGGCUUCCUCUAGCUAUCUUUACUUGAUUGAAAUGUUUAUAAGUUGUGGACUGGUGAACUCGGAUAAUUAGGAUUGUCAAUUUCUGAGUUUUUCAAGAUGAACCUGUGCUUCCUGGGUAUGUGUUUUGUUUUCUAUAGAACCUAAAAGUUGGGUGUUUUUGUGUAAUGUAUUCUCUUCAAGCUAAUAUGCAACUGUUUGGUAGGGGGUAUGCAAACACUUCAUUUCAUUUAUAAGUACUUUAAAUAUUGGCCCUUCCUUGCC